AUCGGGAACUGGGAUUUUUAUACAUCAUGUUUACUUUAUGCCAUAAUGGCUUUGUCGUCAUUGAUCAGUACAGACAAGGGUGUUAGGCAAUACUCAGCGCCACCAGACGACAUUGCAGGAGACUGGUUUGACCAGCGAGCAAGGAUCUUAUUUGAAGCGGAAAUGGAAGUGCCUACGGUGAAGACGGUGCAGGCGGCUAUUCUCAGGGUCUUGAUAUGGUACUUUUGUGAAUGGCACGCUUGUAUGGACGUUUAGUGGUAUAAGUGCUGUCCUGAAAACCAAUGAAUUAUUGGAGGCUGACGGUUUCAGGAAUUGCUUUUUGCGUGGCCACCAAGCUGGGU